AUGACUGCAACAGCAGGCAUUUUGAUACCAUCGAUAGCAACCAAGACAGGGGUUGUGGACAUCCCGGAGUGGUAUGAUGCUGGCAAGGUUUUCGUGGAGAACACGGGCAUUCCUUUGAGUACACUCCUCAUGGCACAGAUCCUCCUGAUGAACUGGGCCGAAGUCAAGCGGUACUACGACUUCAAGAACCCAGGGUCGCAGGGCGACGGAUCCUUCUUUGGCUUCACGGAGGCCUUUGCUGGGAAGGGCAAUGGCUAUCCGGGGGGAAUGUUCUUCGACCCCUUUGGCUUGGCCAAGGGCGACCCUGAGACGCUCAAGGACUACAAAGUCAAGGAAAUCAAGAAUGGGAGGCUGGCCAUGGUCGCCAUGGCGGGAUUCUACGCGCAGUACGCGGCGACUGGCAAGGGACCCAUUGACAAUCUGAUUGACCACAUCCAGUCGCCCUACACAACGACCUUCACCAGCAAUGGUGUGUCGGUGCCGUUCAUCAGUUGA